AUGACUCACUGCAUGUGUGUGAAGAGUGGAGAACAGGAGGCGCAGGAGAUGGAGGAAACCUCUGAUGGUGCGGGAAACUCCCCUGAGAUGUACCAUAUUAACCAAGAGACCACUGAGGAGAUGGAAGCAAGGGAGGUAGGGAGCCCAGCACUGACAGGUCCAGAGGAGAGCCCACAUCAAUGUGUGGACGCACAGUACAAGACGCUGGAGGCAAUGGAGAUGAUGAAGAGAAGGAAGGUGCUGAUGACACAGAGCAGAUUUCCAGGGACCCCAGCUCUGAGUGUCAUGGUCUUUGUGUAUCCCCCUGAUGGCCAGGUUUCCAGGGACCCCAGCUCUGAGUUUCCAGGGACCCCAGCUCUGAGUGUCAUGGUCUUUGUGUAUCCCCCUGACGGCCAGGUCUGUGGUCCCCACCUGCUGCAGAGGUGUGAGGGUUUUGAUUAUCUGAAUGGGCAGUGCGCUGAGAUCGGCCCGGAGUUCACUGAAUCUCACACGCUGCGGCCUGCAUUUCAAGACUUUCAGACCAUGAUCUCCUUCAUCAAAGACAUCAUCCGCAUGUUCACUGACCCCCGAGCACUGGUUGCAGUAGCUAAGUUCUCUAAUCAGGCGUCUGCAGAAUUCCACUUUGUCAACUUUGAAGCUGAGCGAGACCCCGAUAAGCUACUGAAACAAGUCACACAGUCUCAGGGUGACACACACACCCCCUCUGCCAUCCGCUUCGUUCUCUUUGCUGCUCUCAGCUCCAUCCAGGAGGAGCUGAAGAACAAGAUUUUCUCUGUGGAAGGAGAAGAGUGUGAGAAGAGUGUGUUUGGUGCUGUUGGAGCAUACUCCUGGUCUGGUGGUUUAACUGAGAAGCUCCCCGGGCUGAAUGAAACCUUCAUCAAUGCCACAGCUACGGAGACCGACAUGAAAGACUCCUACCUGGGAUACUCAGUUGCCACAGUGACCAUAAAUGGGGCUGAGAUUUACUUUGCUGGGGCUCCCAGAUAUAAACACACAGGGCUCGUACUGGCAUUUCAGCAAAACCCCCAAAACCGGAGUUGGGUUGUCACACACCGAAUCCAUGGCUCUCAGCUGGGCUCAUACUUUGGGGCAGAGCUGUGUGUGUUUGCAGUGGAGAACACUGUGCUGUUACUGGUGGGAGUCCCACUGUUCCACACUCAGGGGGUUGGAGGAGAAGUGCGCAUCUGUUCACUGCAGUCUGGGUCUGCAGACUGUUCUGCAUACCUGCGUGGUGUUAUGGGAAACGACUUUGGUCGGUUCGGUGCGUCUCUCUCACUGUUACCUGAUCUGAGUGGAGACAGUCUGCCUGAGCUGGCAGUGGGAGCACCUCACGAAGAGAAGGGUCACGGUGCCCUCUACAUCUUCCUGGGUCAGUCAGGGGGCGUCCGUCCCAAAUUCAGCCAGCGAGUGACAGCUUCUGCACUGGAUAGUGGCCUGCAGUAUUUUGGUGUGUCUGUCCACUCUGCUGGAGACCUAAACUCAGACGGACUGUCAGACCUGGCAGUGGGGGCCAGAGGAGCCAUGGUUAUUCUUCGGUCUCAGCCAGUGAUGUGUUUGCCAGUGUCUGUGACCUUUGAUCCGGAUGUUAUACCUCAGAAUUACUUUCACUGCUCUGCCCCUCUCCGACUCAGUACCCCUGUUGCCGCCCUUACCAUGUGUGUCACACUGAAAGAGGUGGUCAUGGGUAAAAUACAGGGUCCUCUCCAGGUUUCUCUGUCUGUAUUCCUGAAGCUGGAUUCCCAGAGAAGGGAUCCCCGUCUGCUCUUUUCCUCCCGUCUGGCCACAUCCCUCUGGAAUACCACCCUGAACAGCACGGAGCCCGUCUGUCAAACCCUCUCCUUAAUCAUUCCGGAGUGUAUAUCUGACUACCAUGAGGUGAACGUAUCAGGAGAGCUUGCACUAAGCGCGCAGAGGAUCCCCAAAACACAAGGACUCACACCCACACUGAGCCCCGACUGUCCGCCGUCCUUCACUCAUAUGGUCUUGCUGGAGAAAGUGUGUGGUGAAGAUCAUGUGUGUAUCUCUGAUCUAAGCCUGUCCCUCUCGUUUGCCAGUGACAUGGUGAUCUGUGCUGAUGGGUUUCCAGUCACUCUUUUAGUAAACUUGACCAAUCACGGCGAGGAUUCCUCAGGCACGGAACUGACUCUGACUCACCCCACAGCGCUGUCCUUCAACCUCGCCAAACCGUCUGUGGGUCAGGUGUGGUGCACCGCCAACAGCUCGGAGCGGAGCGAUCUCACACACACCGUGUGUCAGGUCGGCUCCACCCUCUUCAGACAGGCCGCACAGACCACUCUCCAGGUGUCAUACACAGUGACUAACCCCAGCAACCUCACUGAACAACUGAUCAUCAGUGCCUCCGUCAUGAGUAAUAAUGAAAAGGAGACCACUCUUCAGGACAACUCAGCCAGCUCCUCUCUACCAGUCAAACAGCCGGUCAACAUCCUUCUGCAGGAGGGUGACUCUACUCAAUACAUCAAAUAUCCUGACAACAGGCCGCUAGAGCAUAUUUACAGAGUGCUGAAUAUUGGAGACAGGCACAUUCCAGUGAAUGUGUUAUUUCUGUUGCCAUUUGAGAUGGCUUUUGGCUUCCAGUGGAGUGUGUCCCUUCCCAAAAUAAACGGUAGUGGAGUGACCUGUGAGAAACACAAAAAUGUGUUAAAAAACGACAACAGCACAGCCCUGAGUCAGCACUGUGUUGGCUCCACCUGCAUCCUCAUUAACUGCUCUAUAAACCCCCUGAGCUCUCAGCCAAUCAGCUUCACAUUCAGCGGCACUGUCAGCAAGACCACCAAGGUUAACCUGCCUCUCCUCCACCUUCACAGUUUGCCAGUGUUCUCUGUGGUGUCAGGUUUGCCAGUGUUCUCUGUGGUGUCAGGUUUGCCUGUGUCUGCCCAGCUCUAUGACCAGACUGUGCUCUUCAUCGAUGUUCUGCUCAGUUCUGGAUCAGUCGCUGUGAUUGCGUCAGAUGUGGAAUCUCCAUCAGAGCCUCAGACAGCUCUUAUUGUCAGUCUGUCUGUCUUCUCUGGCCUCCUUAUCAUGGCGAUUAUCUUUGUGCUGCUCUAUAAGAAGGGGUUUUUCAAAACUGCUCCACGUCCAAUGCCUCCCGCCUCCCCACCAAACAGUGAUGGUAAUACUGGCCAAUCAGAAGACGUCAGUGACGGAGGUGCAGGCAGCUCAGAACCCAGCGGCCAGAGUGCAGAGUCAGAGACUAACACCGUUGUCAUGGAGACGGACUUACUGUAG